ACGAGGACAAAGAGUCAAACAGAAUCACAUCUCCAUCUCCUCCAAUUCCAAAAGAAAAUGGAGUCCAUCUUGCGAUCCUUAACGGGUCAAGACCCGAACCCGGAUGAUUACAGAAACAUCGAGUUCUGGUCAGACCCGGAACGGUCCGGUUGGCUAACAAAGCAAGGAGACUACAUAAAAACCUGGCGACGUCGCUGGUUCGUUCUCAAACAAGGGAAACUUCUCUGGUUCAAGGAGAGAAGCGUGACGCGAGGGUCACUUCCACGCGGGGUGAUCCCAGUGGGCAAGUGCUUGACCGUGAAAGGUGCAGAAGAUGUGCUUAACAAACCUUAUGCUUUUGAGCUUUCGACGAGCCAAGAAACAAUGUAUUUUAUAGCAGAUUCGGAGAAAGAGAAAGAGGAGUGGAUCAAUUCGAUUGGGAGGUCAAUUGUUCAACACUCACGGUCUGUUACUGAUUCUGAGAUUGUUGAUUAUGACAGCACUCGUUGAUUAAUCUGUUCUUCUUGUAUCAAUUUUUAAAAGAAAAGGUAACUAAAUAUUAUGUUUGUUUUUGUUGCUCCUGCUGUUGUGUAUGUAAUGAAGAAUCUUGUGUUUUUCUUAUAGUUUAAUCUGAGUGUUUGUUCGGUUGAUUUUUGGA